GCAUGUUACAUACAGCAAAAAGUUCAUUAAAUAUUAAUAAAGAUUUCUUCGCUCAACAACAACAACCAUCGGUAUUGUGUGCUCAACGUUCUGUAAAGAAUGCCAUAAAAGAAAGACAAUAUUAAUAACAGCAUUAACUUCAUAUCUAUACGUUCCUCUUGUGAAGGAAUAAAUUUGUAAUAAUCAAAAAUAAGAUGAGAUAUGUGAUUGCAACAGAGCAAUACUAGAAUGGAAAGCACUUAUGUUUAUGCACGCAGAGUAAGCUUCAAUUUUGUACUGGAAGUUGUGCUUAGUGUGAAGCUUUCAGAAACAAAUGUUUUCAUAACAUCACAAAGAAGAAGAAACUAUGAAUAAAUAAAUGCAUAAAUGAACCGGGGCUUAAGUGUCAGUAUACGCUAAAGCAAAUUAUUUAAUAAGAAAUUAAUUGAAUUAAUUAAUUAAAAGUUUGUGUGAAGAGAGCAAAUAUUGUCAAUUGUUAAAAAAAUAUAUUACAAAAAAUUAUAAAUAAGUGAUUAAAGCAAAUUAUUAAAAGUUAUUAUGGGCCAGAAAGUCAAUUGAGUGUCAAACUGUUCACGAUUUUUUAUAGAAGAAAUACAAGCGAAACAAAAAUCAAUCGUUAAGAUAUUGUUUCCGAGAACUUGGUCGAAAAGAGUGGUGAAGAAAAAAAUGCACAUAUUGCGAUUUACUUUGAGAGCAACAGAAGUCACCAAAUGACAUUUGGUGCGAACGGUGCUGCGGGUGCAAAGUGCAUGAGGGCGGAGAAUAACAACAGCUGGUAAAUUAUAGAAGCAAUUUUGCAUCAAGGAAAAAAAAAAUUUGCUUAAACAAAAAAUCUGUUUUAAAGGAUAAGACGUAAUUGAAGUGGAAAAAAUCAAAUGUUAAUUAGUAAAGGAAGACGGAAAGAUUGUUGAACGGAAGAAGACAGGUUGCUCGUAAAAUGUUGAAUUCCUCCAAGCAGGAGCAAAAUGAAAAUUCUAGAAAAUUGUCCACAACUGGUUUACCAGUAAAGCAAUUUAUCAGUGAUAAUUGUCAAACUAUUGACAUCCGUUCAUUGGCGGUAAAGCAUUUAGAGAAUCAAACUUUGCAAUCCUAUCGUAAUGAUUAUGGCCGACUUGGAAGAGGACAGGGAGGAAGAGGGUGGGGAGAUAUGCACAAAAAAGAUUCGGAAUCGGGUUUGUUACCGUUUAAGAUUAGCAAUAGCGCCAGCAAUGGACACCGUAACAGUGUUCAAGCAUCAUCAAAACUAAAACAUCACUCUAAUGGCGAUAAUCCUAUCAACUGUAGAAUGCAUUCCAAUGACGAUCCGCUAACGGUAGUGGUAAAUAAAAAUAACGAGCAAUGGUUGCGGAAAGGUAACAACAACGAUGUCCCCAGCCAUCGGAAACUUAGUUCCUCAAGUGCCAAACAAAUAAUUGAAACAGCUGCCGCAACAUCAGCAGCAGCAACAACAAUAACAACUGUUGAAAAAUAUCCUACUAGUAAUAAGAUAGAGUCAAACAAUAGCUCCGCCGCAAGUCAAGGACCUACUACUAUAACGACAACUUCAACAAAUACCACAACUACUAAUCAGCGACCUAGCAGUGCAACGAGAAAACGCUCGCGUCGAUCAUCACUUACCCGCCAACAAUCUGGGAAUUCUCAAAAGGAGACGGGGACAGAAAGUAAGAAAUCUGAACAUCAUUCAAAUAGCGAAGAGUUACGCGUGUCACCAUCACAAAAUAUUGGUAAUACACGCCAAAGGCGGCGCAGAACGAGGCGGUCGAGUUUACAGGAUGAGUCUAGACAGAUAUCUUCAGAUUCUUCCACAGCCACUGGCACGUCGUCGCCUUCGAGUUGCAAUGGUUCCUGUAGUUCGGACGAUGGUGAAUCGUCGACAUCUUCUGGCGAGCCGAAUCUGCCUUAUCCUGGCUUCCCUGCGAUCGCUCUGAAAUACUUAACCCAGGAUACCAGGCCAAGGAAUUGGUGUCUAAGACUCAUCACGAAUCCAUGGUUUGAACGUAUCUCGAUACUGGUGAUAUUACUCAACUGCAUUACGCUGGGCAUGUAUCAACCGUGUGUGGACGACGCUUGUCUGGAAUAUCGUUGCAAAAUUUUACAGAUUUUCGAUGACAUAAUAUUUGCAUUUUUUGCUUUGGAGAUGAGCAUCAAAAUGGUUGCGAUGGGCAUGUAUGGGAAGAAUACCUAUUUAGCUGACUCGUGGAAUCGCUUGGAUUUUUUCAUUGUUUUGGCCGGUUUAUUGGAGUAUGUAAUGCAUGUGGAAAAUUUAAAUUUAACCGCCAUACGUACGAUACGUGUUCUAAGACCGCUAAGAGCAAUUAAUCGCAUACCCAGUAUGCGUAUACUGGUUAUGCUACUGUUGGACACUUUACCUAUGCUAGGCAAUGUGCUGCUGUUAUGUUUCUUUGUGUUUUUCAUUUUCGGCAUUAUCGGAGUCCAGCUGUGGGAAGGAAUUUUAAGGCAACGUUGCAUCCUACAACUACCCGACUAUGUGCGCAAACCGCCAGAGGGACUACCUGAUGAGUACAGAGUUCGAGUCCGUGUUAACUCCGUAUCCUACUACUAUGAGUUUUCCAAGGAACAAGACUACAUUUGCUCGAAACCCGAAGAUUCUGGUAUGCAUUUGUGUUCAGAUUUGCCACCAUAUCGUAUAGGUCCGAUGCUCUGCACAGAGAAAGCCAUACCCAUGGAGGAAAAUCUACCAACAAACGCAUCCUGUGUCAACUGGAAUCAAUAUUACUCACGUUGCGCUCAAAUGGGUUUGAAUCCUUUCCAAGGCACAAUUUCAUUCGAUAACAUCGGAAUGGCUUGGGUGGCUAUAUUUUUGGUGAUAUCCUUAGAAGGCUGGACAGAUAUUAUGUACUAUGUACAAGAUGCACAUAGUUUUUGGGAUUGGAUUUACUUUGUUCUGUUGAUUGUGAUCGGUUCGUUUUUUAUGAUCAACCUUUGCCUUGUUGUCAUUGCGACACAAUUCAGUGAGACGAAGAAACGUGAAAUGGAACGUAUGCGUCAAGAAAGGGCACGCUAUACAUCUUCUUCGACUUUGGCUUCUAGCACGAAUAAUUCGGAACCGGCAACCUGUUAUGCGGAGAUCGUUAAAUACAUUGGUCAUCUUUGGCGGCGCUUUAAACGGCGAAUGUUGAAGAAGUACAGAUUAUAUAAGUAUCAAAGGCAGCAACGUAAGGAAGGUUUAUUGCCGAAUGCGGACAAUUUGACAUUUUCGCCGUCACGUAUAAAAUGCCACCAUCCCAAAUGCCCGAAAUACAACAGCGAUAAGAAUCGCAAGCCGUCCAGUAUACAAGAUCAAAUGAUAACUGUGAUGGUGCCGUUAAAUUCAAACAACAAUAAGACCGUUCUGAACGGAGCCGGUACCGGAGAAGGGAUGAUUAGUGUUAAUAAUCAUCAACAGAAUCAUCAACAACAACAGCAAGGCGGUAACAAUAAUAAUAUACAAACGCAGAGUCAAACAACAACAACGAAUGGCGUAGAUGGCGGGAGCGGAGGCGUCGGUGGCAGUGGAGACAUCGGUGACGUUUCCGCUACUGGUGUAAUGACCUUCUUGAAUGGUAUAAAUAACGGUAAUAACACUAUACAAACUCAUCAUUAUCAGCAACAACAUUCCUCAUCAGAUAAUUCAGAACAUUCAUUAGAAACAACGCAAAGCAAGAAAAACUUCAUGAACCAAACAAAAGCAGCUAUAGAAGCCGAGCAGGGAUUCAAUAAGCAGCUGCAACAAAAAACGAUCCUUUUAAAAUUUUCCCAAAAUUUCAUGGACUCGGAACAAUUAAUUCUGCAAUUGGGAAACAUAGGCAAACCCAAGCAUACGCAUCCGUGUACAUCCGGAUUUCUAAGCCCACCUUCAGCAACCAGUCGUCGUCCUUCUGUGAUGUUUAACGAAUAUGUCCUACUACAUACACCACCUGCUCUUAAGGACGCAACAACAGCUACCGAGAAGACAGUAAGCUCAUCAGAGAAGAUGACUCAGGCGGGCGAUGGCAGUAUUUGGCAAGUUAAUCUCCCACAAACUUUAGGCACGAUUACGAAUCCCUACGCGGAUUGUUCGGAUCUUGGUAUACACGACGCAAUGACUUGUCAAGAACUUCUAGCAUUUUCUGUGGCAUUCUCAGCCGCCUUACCCACGGGCCAAAGUACACUCGAAUCCUUUUACAAUUCAUUGGCACGUUGUGACCCUCACACAGUAGAAGCUAUACGCAAUCAACAGAAUCUCGAAAAUACCGCUAUGGUUCUGCAACAGCAGCAACAACAACAGCAACAACAACGUCGUCAACACCAACAGCAAAGGCAAUCAACCUAUGAAAAGAAAGCUUUGGAGGCUAUUAGUUCCAACGGUGCUACUCAUCGUGCACCGGUGACUGUAACAGGUCGAGCAGGAAAUUACAUAGAAGACUAUUCCUGCUGUUAUGAUCUAUAUCAGAACGUUUUAUCGCCAUUGGAAGAUAGAACGAGAAAAAGAUCCCGAUGUAUGCGAGCGACUCUAAUGAUCUAUCGUUGCAUUAUGCAUAUAUGCGGUUUGUGCCGCCGCUAUAUACGACGUCUCGUUGAACACAAAUAUUUUCAACAGGGAAUUUUGCUUGCCAUACUCAUUAACACCUUGUCCAUGGGCAUCGAAUAUCACAAUCAACCGGAAGAGUUAACUGCCAUUGUCGAAACCAGUAAUAUAGUGUUUUCGGCAAUAUUUGCUGUCGAAAUGUUGCUCAAAGUGGUAGCUGAGGGUCCCUUCCGUUACAUAGCCAACGGUUUUAAUGUAUUCGAUGGUAUCAUUGUAAUUUUAAGUGUAAUCGAAAUUUGCCAGCAGUUUUUGGGUAAUGGGACGGGUGGCGGUGGUUCUGGCCUAUCAGUGUUACGUACGUUUCGUUUACUACGUAUUUUAAAAUUGGUACGUUUUAUGCCCAAUUUGCGGCGACAACUGUUUGUCAUGCUGCGCACAAUGGAUAACGUGGCUGUAUUCUUUUCUCUCCUGGUAUUGUUUAUUUUUAUAUUCAGCAUACUGGGCAUGUAUCUGUUUGGCGGUAAGUUUUGUAAAUUUAUGGACGAGACCACCGGUAUCGAAAGGGAAUGUACGUGUCCCGAAAUAAUCAGCAAACAUCCACAAUGUGAAUGUGAUCGCAAACACUUCAACAACAUACUCUGGGCAACAGUCACAGUCUUCCAAAUACUGACCCAAGAAGAUUGGAAUGUGGUGUUAUUCAAUGGCAUGGAAAAGACCAGUCAUUGGGCUGCAUUGUAUUUUGUAGCUCUAAUGACGUUUGGCAAUUAUGUGCUGUUUAAUCUAUUGGUCGCCAUUUUGGUUGAGGGAUUCAGUUCAGAGCGAAAUGAACGUCGUGAACGCGAACAACGCGAAUUGGUUAAAAAAUUGCGUGAAGAAACAUUAGCGGAAAAUUUUAGUGAUGCCAUGUACGAUGAAUCGCCCAGUGAAGCCGAUUCAUCGUCAACAAAUGAAAGUUAUUAUGAAGUACGUAAUCGUUGGCAUAGUGCCGAAGACAUAUAUAAGCUUCAGAAUACCGCUGAGUUAUAUGUGGAAACGAAGAGUAACACGCAAAAACCGCAGCAAUCUACAGCAGCGGCUUCGCUCUUAAAUCGUAAGCCUGCAGAGAAAGAUAUUAGUAAAGUAGUAGCCAGCUUGGCGAUCGCAGGUGCGGAAGACGAGAGAAGGAUUAUGAAAAAGGUAAGCAUAUUCGUUGCAAUAACGCUUUGUAUUAGAACUGAUAAGAACACCUUUUCCGUUAAGACAUAUUCUCUUAAGGAUAGACGUGGAGAUUUGCCACGAUUGGCAAAGAUACGUCCCUUGCGAGAACCACCGAUUAUAACUACAACUGCUGCCACGCCCCAAGAUUCGCCGAACACAACUCAAGGAUCAGGCAAGAGUUUCCGUGAUUGGACCUCAACAUCUGAAGAAGACAUGAAUAGCGAGAAUCCUUGUUCGCCUUCCCUACUACGACCUCCGACUAUUUUCAGCAGUCAGCGUUCUUUAGAUGAAGGUAUACCUUCUAUCGACCUGAUACCGCCUUCUCCCGUUCUUUCACACAAAUCGUUAAAUAUACUCAGUGUUAGUAAACUAGAAAGCAAUACUCAUGCUAUUAGCAAUAGCACCCAAAUAGUAACCACUUCCACAUCCAGUUGUUCAUCACAAACUUCGGGUCCCUUAGAUGUUAGCAGUAAAGCGCAUGUUCUUAGUACUGAUGAUUAUUCAAAAAUACCUACAACUGCUAUAUUAGUGCCGACAAUAUCAUCUCCUACAUCUAACUUACAAUUACCCACCAUUUCAAGCCCUAGGGCUGGUGAACUAAGUUUGGAAGUAGCAAACAUAACUACAUCUGUCGGUUCGGCAGUCAAAACCGGCGAAACUUUGCAACGUUUACCUAGCUUAAAACGUUUUCGCCGUUCUAGUUCAAAAAAGCGUAGGCCGUCAGCUAUCACUCUUGAAGACGAAGAAUAUCGUCUGAACAACGGCAAAGAUAAUUCUUGUUUACUGGGGCCAGAGUGUUCUUCGCCACGAACUGAAAGUUUUCUCAAGCCUUCCGCCGUCAGCUCCGGUGCACUGGUUAAAAGCAAAGAAGCUAAUCGGCUUAGUCCACAAAAUUCUGUGCGCCGCCUGUCCAGUUCUCUAAGUGUUGGCGGCGUUUCCGCGAGUCGGAGGGCUUCUGCUUGCGUUUUUAAUUCUCAACUUUAUCAGAAUCUUAAUCAACCGUUCAAAUUGUCAUCGUCUGGCAGGCGACGUAUGUCAUCUGUUGAAUUAGCUUUCAGUAAGACCUCCCACCUGAACUUGCAUAAUAUAGAAGCAAACCGUAAAUCGUUGUCUUAUACAAACUCUAAAAUGGAUUUGGACAAAUGGCGCAAACCGUACACCAAUAGCAAUGAGACUGAUAUGUUACAGCAAUACAUGCAAGAACGAGAGAGAAGAAAAAAUAGCCUGUACGGGAAACGGCCUGGAACAAAUUGUCUUAAACAAUUUGAUACGAAAGAUCAACAAGAAGAGCAAACACAGCGACAUGAACAGCAACAUCAAUAUUUUAACAUUUUUUCGACAUCAAAUCAUAUUUCAAAAUUAAAAUUGGUUAUCGAAAGACUAGUACCAAAAGAUUUUACUGAGGAGAGGAGAACGUACUCGCUCUACAUAUUCCCUGAGAAUAACAAAUUCCGUCAGAUAUGUUCUUGGUUUGUAAGUCAGAAGUGGUUCGAUAAUGUGGUCCUAUUGUUCAUUGCUCUGAAUUGUAUAACAUUGGCCAUGGAACGACCAAAUAUCCCUCCAUACAGCACGGAAAGAUUAUUUCUGUCAACAGCAAACUAUGUGUUCACAGUUGUCUUUAGCGUUGAAAUGUUUGUAAAGGUGGUAGCCACAGGCAUGUUUUAUGGACCGGAUGCAUACUUUACGUCCGGUUGGAAUAUAAUGGAUGGAUCUUUGGUUACAAUAUCUAUAAUCGAUUUGCUUAUGUCCCUAAUCAGCGAAUCUAGUCCGAGGAUAUUUGGGAUUUUAAGGGUGUUUCGACUACUUCGUUCCCUACGGCCCUUGCGUGUGAUCAACCGAGCCCCGGGUUUGAAAUUAGUCGUUCAAACACUCUUAUCGUCCCUACGUCCAAUCGGCAAUAUCGUUCUCAUCUGUUGUACAUUUUUCAUUAUAUUCGGUAUACUGGGUGUUCAACUGUUCAAGGGAACCUUUUUUUACUGCGAGGGUGAAAACAUUAAACACGUACACAAUAAGACUGACUGCCUUAGUAUACCAGGCAAUGCUUGGGUCAACCGUAAAUACAAUUUCGAUGACCUAGGAAAGGCUUUAAUGUCUCUGUUUGUGUUAAGUUCACGUGAUGGUUGGGUCAAUAUUAUGUAUACAGGUCUGGACGCGGUCGGCGUAGAUCAACAACCCAUUGUUAACUACAACGAAUGGCGUUUAUUAUAUUUUAUUGCCUUCAUUUUAUUGGUCGGUUUUUUUGUACUCAACAUGUUUGUGGGGGUAGUGGUGGAGAACUUUCAUCGUUGCCGAGAAGAGCAAGAAAAAGAGGAAAAGAUACGUCGUGCUGCCAAGCGCGCUUUGCAAAUGGAGAAAAAACGACGUCGCAUGCACGAACCGCCAUAUUACAUAAACUAUUCACCUUCUCGCAUGUUCGUUCAUAACGUUGUUACUUCCAAAUACUUUGAUUUGGCAAUAGCCGCUGUAAUCGGUCUGAAUGUGGUCACCAUGGCUAUGGAAUACUAUAUGAUGCCAGUGCCUCUGCAAUAUGCUUUAAAGAUUUUUAAUUAUUUCUUUACGGCCGUUUUUAUUUUGGAAGCUAACAUGAAACUCGUUGCCUUGGGUUGGCGUUUAUACUUAAAAGACAAAUGGAAUCAACUAGAUGUUGGUAUAGUUAUGCUGUCAAUCAUUGGUAUCGUUCUGGAAGAGCUGGAAACUAAUAUCAUACCCAUUAAUCCGACAAUAAUACGUGUAAUGCGAGUGUUGCGUAUAGCUCGCGUGCUGAAGCUGUUGAAAAUGGCGAAGGGCAUAAGAGCUCUUUUGGACACUGUGAUGCAGGCUUUGCCGCAGGUCGGUAACCUCGGUUUGCUCUUCUUCCUGUUGUUUUUCAUCUUCGCCGCCUUGGGCGUUGAGCUGUUCGGCAGGCUGGAAUGUUCGGAUGAGAUUCCUUGCCAAGGCCUUGGCGAACACGCACAUUUCGCCAAUUUCGGCAUGGCUUUCCUCACAUUGUUUCGCGUAGCGACUGGCGAUAAUUGGAACGGUAUCAUGAAGGAUACAUUGAGAGAUAACUGUGAUGACGCAGCCGAUUGCGUACGCAAUUGCUGCGUUAGCUCAGUUAUAGCGCCAAUUUUCUUUGUGAUAUUUGUAUUAAUGGCCCAAUUUGUGCUUGUAAACGUCGUCGUGGCGGUACUGAUGAAACACCUCGAGGAGAGCCACAAACAGAUGGAAGACGAAAUGGAUAUGGAAGUUGAAUUAGAGCGCGAACUAGUUAGAGAACAGGAAUUUGAGCAAGAACAGAAGAUGUGUGAACAAUUACAACAACAAACACGAACGCCAACAGCAACCACUCAACGCCAUUUGGGCAAAGUUAAAUCAUUACCUAUGAAUUUCACGUACAGCACACCGUCUUUGGAUAAGAAAUUUCCCAGUUUUGUGAAUCCAUUGGCCGUGACUGGACGUCGACAGACUGUACAAUACUUCAAUCAACAAAAUGGUUUAGGUUUGGCAGAGAUGGGUAACGCUUUUAAGGCCACGCCUUCACCCAAACCAAUAAUGGAAACAAUCACAACAGCUAUAACCACAGAUAAUGGAUUUGAUACAAGAUUACAAAUACCAUCGAUCGCAAGACGAGGGCGACGUAGUUCAACCGCUUUCAGAAAACGAGGCCUGCUCUCCAAAGAAAGGUCCUUAGAUGAACAAGCUAUACGCCGACGCAAUUUGGAGACGAAACGCAUGAGUUCAGAUUCAUUACCCUGGGGUACUGAAGGCGCUGAUUUUCGAAGAGGUACCAUUUUUGAGAGUCUCGAAUCGGACGGUAGCCCGCCAUCUAGCUUUGAUGUGCACAGUAUAAGAAGCGAAAUGAUGCCGCGCAACCUUUCCGACGAAACGAGUAUAAUUAGUGCUAUUGUCAGCGAAAAAUCUACAACCGCGAUAGCGAGUAGCGGUACAACAUCGAGUGGCAUAGUGAUACGAAGACCGUAUGGACGUUCCUUGUCUACAGAUCCGACUUAUUUGGAAGCGGGGCGCAAUAAUUUGCUUGCAGUCCCACGAAAUAUGCCACCGCGUAGUCGCAGCGGCAGUACCAAGCAGUUGUUCAAACAACAAGCUUUAGAUGAAGAUCCUGAUAUGGAUGAAAGUGCCCUGUUACUACCUAUUGUUAUUGAAAACGUUGCGCCCACUUUAGCUAACAACUAUAACAGGCAAAAUGGUCACAAGCCAGACGAUGAGAAUAUAAAAAUUUCGGAAGGUCUCAGUAAGUCGGAUUCGGCAGAAAUUUUGCGAAUUAUAUCCGAACGUAGAUUUAUGGAUCAACGUGAUAAUAGCGGCAAUGAAGACUCAGAUUAUAAUGAACUUUUACUUCAUAAAUCACCGCAGUCUUCAAUGGAUUGUUAAGUAUAUUACGAGUAUUUCGGAAUUUCCGUAUAUGACUUUCACAAACAAUACACAAUGACAAAUUUUCGAAAAAGAAAAAAAAAAAAAUGGAGCACUUUGUAUAUAUAGAGUAAAAUACAAUAACACUGUGAUUAAUUGUUAAAACAAAAUACACACAUACAAUUGUAUUUUUUAGGAAAUCUUAUUGAAUGAACAUAUUUUAGGCUAUCUUACGUGAGAAGAAUAGAAACUCGAAUUUUGAGAAAUUAAUUUCCUAUGAUGAAGUCUAAAAAAAUGACAGUUCGCCAAGGGAACCGAGAUCGUAUUAGUACGAAACUAUCAAAAAAAAUCCAGGCGUCUAUCUGUAAACGAUACCAUUCACUAAUCUUUCAUUACAGGUCUACCAUUUAUAGGACUACCAACUCAUUUUUUUAACUGACAUUAUUUCUUCGAAGGGGGAAAACGAGAAAAUGUGGUUAAGGCGGACAAUAUAAUAUCCGACCCUUCUAACCUCAUUUAAAGCUUUACCACUCUACCUGUAGGCACGGCAAGCAAUAUAAGAAUUUCUAGAUUCUUAACUUCAUAGACAACAAAAGCAAAAACCAUAUAUAACUUUUAUAUAUUAAAUAAAUUUAAAAGGAAAAUAUCUCAUCAACAUAUGUAGGAAUUAAUUGAAGCUAUAUUAUUUAGUUAAAUCAAAACAAAUAAAAACAUAAUUAAAAGGAAAAUCCAAAAAAAGAAGGAAAGUAAACCAGAAUUAGCGCUGACUAAUAAGAAUCUGGUUCCCGUUUAUAUAUACUUUAGGCAUUAAUUGAACUUUAGAUUUUAUCUGCAGAAAACCUGAGCAUUUAUAUUGAAAGUUAUUUAGUCAAAAAAAAUUAUAAUUAACAGAGAAAAACAUAGGACAUAGACGUAAAAAGGACAUUUUGCAUAAUCGACGCAUAAAACCAAGAAAAAACUUUCUAAUAUCGUUAAAGUAUAAAAAUCGUUAGCCGUAAAUUAUAGAUAACGUUGGUGUAGAGGAUUUAUUAGGUUAAAUGUGUAUUUAAUAAGGUAUGUUUUAAAAAGUCAGGUCUUGAUUUUUAAUCAAGUUUCAAAUCAAUGCGUAUGUGUUCGCACAAAAGAGUGCCCAAACCACUCCGACAUUCAUACAUUCAGGCAUAAAUAAUAAAAAAAAAAAAGUUAAACAAAAUUUUAUU